GCAGAGGACGAUUCUGAAUCUGUUUAUAGUUCGUGUUCGCCUACGUCAGUUGAAAGAUGGAUCACUCGUUCUACAGUUCCGUGAUAAUUGGACUCUUCGUAAUUUCAUGCAACGCACCUGUUGCAUCGACUCUGAAUAUUUUGGGGAUAUCAACGCUGCCCUCGAAUUCUCACCACAUUUGGUUUUCCGAACUCAUGAGAGGCUUGGCGCGAAAUGGGCACAAUAUUUACGCGCUUGGUCUCCGCGAGACAAAGUUUGACCAAGAUGAAGGAACGCAGAAUCGAACUCAAUCUUUCGUAUUCGAGAGCGUUAUAGACGAUUUUCACAGAAGCCCCGUGUUUUCCCCGGUAGAAUGGUUACGAUUAAGUGUAACGGAGAUUUCGUGGCUGAACCACGAAAUCGGUAACGACAUGUGUGAACGGCAAAUGGCGACCGACGGAGCCAAGAGGGCCUUAGAAAUGGUCAGACAAACGAGGAUCGACGUCAUAGUUCAGGACUUGACGUAUGGCCAGUGUUUUUACGGGAUGUGGGAGAUUGCUCAAGGAAAUCCAGCUAUAGUUGGAUUCACACCAUUCGGUUUGCCUAAUUGGGUAAAAUACGUUGUGGGGGGCAAUAAUUGGCCAGCAAUCAGGACCUUUCCUUAUUUCCGGCAAACUCAGCCCUUCAGUAUUUGGGAGAAGGCAAUGAAUUUUUUUUACUACGAGCUUGACGACCUCUUACGCCACUUCUACUACAUGCCAAGACAGCAGGAACUCGCUGAGAAAUUCAUUGGCAGAAAGAUGACCAGAUCGGUCAGCGAAAUCGAGAAAAACGUCAGCAUCAUGCUGACGAACAGCUACGCGGUCUUAGAUCCGGCAGCAUUUUCACCUCCGAACGUAAUCGAAGUCGGUGGAUUGCACAUCAAGGAUUCGAAACCACUGCCUCAGGAUAUUCGAAAAUUUCUCGACGAUGCGGAACACGGCGCAAUUGUAAUAUCAUUCGGAUCUAAUAUACAAAGCAGCACCUUGGAAUCGGACAAAAUAAAAAUAAUUCUAGCUGCGCUAGGUCAGCUGAAGCAGCAUGUUUUAUGGAAAUUUGAGGCCACUGACUUGUCGGGCAGGCCAAAAAACGUGAUGAUAAGAAAGUGGCUGCCACAGAACGACGUUUUGGCUCAUCCAAAAGUCCGAGUCCUUUGGUCUCAUUCUGGGCUUCUCAGCACACAAGAGGCCGUCUGGUGGGGAGUGCCGCUGGUUGGAACGCCAUUUUUUUUGGAUCAGCAUAUGAACAUUGACUUACUCGUCAAAAAAGGGGUUGCGUUAUCUCUCGACUACGAGUCUCUUACAACUGAAACGAUUUUGGAAAGACUAAACAGAGCCAUUCAUGAUCGCAGAAUGCAUCAAGUCGACGGAGUGUCAAAACGGCAAAGUAACAAACAGAUGUUCGAAAUUAAUGAGCGAAUCGAGUUUCACAUUUCCCGCCGAAUGAAGGAGCUUUCUCGAGAGUACAAGGAUAGGCCGAUGUCCCCCUUGGAUUCGGCUGUUUGGCACGUUGAACAUGCGUCCCGUCAUCCUCGAGGGCCGUUGAGUUCCCCUGGGAAAAAUAUGAGCCGCAUGGAGCUCAAUCUCUUGGACGUUUACGCAGUUCUGGCGGUUACCAUUCUCGCUAUUCUCUGGAUUACUCGAAGUUUAGUUAGAGCAUCGUUCUACUUAUUCCAUCUUCGGCAAAGCCGAAAGCUGCACAUUGAAUAGACUACA